GGCGCGCAGCGUCGCCCCGCGUUGCGCGCUCCUCCCUCCCUCCUCCCGCUCCGCGGCUCCCGCGCUCCGGGACUGUCUACAGCGCCCAGCGCGGACCGACGCGCCGAGAGAGACGGCCCAGGGAACUUCGGCCCGCGCCCCCUGCGCAGGCUAUGUGGAUUGCCCCGCCGGGCCCGGCCGGCGGGAUCAGCACAGCCCGGCCCGCGGCACCCGCCACCAGCGGGGACUAUGACCCGGAAAGCGCGGCGCUGCCUGGGCCACCUCUUUCUCAGCCUGGGCAUAGUCUACCUCCGGAUCGGUGGCUUCUCUUCGGUGGUAGCUCUGGGUGCGAGCAUCAUCUGUAACAAGAUCCCAGGCCUGGCUCCCAGACAGCGGGCAAUCUGCCAGAGCCGGCCGGACGCCAUCAUCGUCAUAGGAGAAGGCUCCCAAAUGGGCCUGGACGAGUGUCAGUUUCAGUUCCGCAAUGGCCGCUGGAACUGCUCAGCGCUGGGAGAGCGUACUGUCUUCGGGAAGGAGCUCAAAGUGGGGAGCCGGGAGGCUGCCUUCACCUAUGCAAUCAUUGCCGCGGGUGUGGCCCAUGCCAUCACAGCUGCCUGCACCCAGGGCAACCUGAGCGACUGUGGCUGCGACAAGGAGAAGCAAGGCCAGUACCACCGGGACGAGGGCUGGAAGUGGGGUGGCUGCUCUGCCGACAUCCGCUACGGCAUCGGCUUCGCCAAGGUCUUCGUGGAUGCCCGGGAGAUCAAGCAGAAUGCCCGGACCCUCAUGAACUUACACAAUAACGAGGCGGGCCGGAAGAUCCUGGAGGAGAACAUGAAGCUGGAGUGUAAGUGCCACGGUGUGUCAGGCUCCUGUACCACUAAGACAUGCUGGACCACCCUGCCACAAUUCCGAGAGCUAGGCUACGUGCUCAAGGACAAAUACAACGAGGCCGUCCAUGUGGAACCCGUGCGCGCCAGCCGGAACAAGAGACCCACCUUCCUGAAGAUCAAGAAGCCCCUGUCCUACCGGAAGCCCAUGGACACUGACCUGGUGUACAUCGAGAAGUCACCCAAUUACUGUGAAGAGGACCCAGUGACAGGCAGCGUGGGUACGCAGGGCCGUGCCUGCAAUAAGACAGCCCCCCAGGCUAGUGGCUGUGACCUCAUGUGCUGCGGCCGCGGCUACAACACACACCAGUACGCCCGGGUGUGGCAGUGCAACUGCAAAUUCCACUGGUGCUGCUACGUCAAGUGCAACACGUGCAGUGAGCGCACCGAGAUGUACACCUGCAAGUGAGUGGAGGUCACAGGUCAGAUCGCAGGCAGGACUCAAAUCUCCCUGUAGGCCACUGCCUGGAUCCUCACAGGGAACCACAGAAGCACUGUUCUUGUCUUUUCUGCUGAGGGGGAGGAGCGGCCCAGCUAUCCUGCAGACUCCUGCGGGAAGCACCUCUCAGAGGCCUCGCCCAUUCUUUUCCACGGGGAUGCUGCUAGGCCACCCUCCCCCACACACUGCCUGACCGCCUCCUUGGCUGGAACAAAGUUUUCUGCGGCAGGCGCGCUGGAGCCUCGGGCCACGCCAUAGCAAUAUUUAACAAUUUAUUCUGAUAAGAAAUAAUAUUAAUUUAUUUAAUUAAAGAGAAUUCUUCCACUUCGUCGGGAUCCGUUUUCUGCAAUCGAAGUGGGCCUGCUUGAGGUCCUGGCCGGAUGACUGUUGUUAGGACCGGGAGCGGAGAACAACUGUACAUAACUAUUCUUUAAGCAGAUGUUUCUACUAGUUGAUUUUGCAAGUACCCUUCUGCAGCGGUAGGUCUUAAGUACAAAGAGAAGAUGGUCUUUAUACACAUAUAGAUCUAUAUGCACACACAUUUGUAUUUUUUUUUGUUUUGUUUUUUGCUGUUUGCUGCUACCUAUCCAGAAUCUAAGCUGGUCCAGAUCUGGAGCUGUUUGUCUCCAGGACAUGCCCCCAUCCUUUUGCCCUCCACAGCUCAAACCUCGGCGUUAGGGAAGCUCCAUUGGGAAUAGUGCGUGUGAGGGCACAUGGCUCAUAAGUUCCCAGCAGUUUCCAGCUCCUGGAAAGUGAACCACUGGAUAAGAGGGUUUCUAAAAGACUAUUUUUCUAUGGAUAUUUUAUUUAUAUGGAGUCUGCCUGUGUUGCCCCAUACCCCAUGCUUCUUAACAUUGGUACUCACUCAGGGGCAGGAGGACAAGGCCAGGUGUGUGGGCAGGUCCCCUGAGCACCCUCACACAGCUGGGUUCUGGAGUUCCAUUUGCCAAGGGGGCCACAGCAGUUCCCAGAUGCCUGGACUGGGAUAGCUGUGUUAAAAGAGAGGGAACCAACCUCCAGCUUUAGCCUGCUAAGCUCAGGUCUUAGAAUGGGGUCACUGCACGGUAAUCUUGGGAGGUGACCUCAGGAUGGACUACCGUAGCUGAUGAGUUAGUGUUGAGCACAUUUUGUGAUCAUCAGUGGGACCCGGCAUUCUCAGGGAUGCCGCUAAGCCACCUGGACAGCCCAGCCACUGCCUGUGUGCCUGCAGGUGAGGCAUAGUCCUAAGAGAAGGGGUCAGAAAGAAGGGGAAAUGAGGAAGCCAAGAAUUGUUGGCCAACCACAGUGAAAGUGGUAGGCGUGGCCCCUCCGCAGCGGACCUGGCUGCACCUGUGUCUCUGAACCAGGAAACCCCUCCAGAAGGCUGGGGAUAUUUUUUACAUGUGUCCCACAUGCAUUUCCACCUGUGUGCAUGUAGGCACAUGUAGGCACGUGCACACACUCCUGUGUCAGGGUUUAGAAGUACCUUCAGAGUGCUCACGUGUGCACCAGCUUGCAUGUACCCCUAUGUGCCUGGGAGAUCAGAUUAUGUGUAUGGAGACGUAUGCCUGAGCAUCUGUGGUCCCGGGGAGUGUGAUCAGGUAUCUGUAUUUGUGGGCAGGGUGCAGGGUAGACAGCAGAGAACUAUUUUGAUUGUGUUGAGCCACAAAGAGACUGCAACUCUGAACUGUGUCUCCACAGCUGCUGCUGAAACUCAGAUGCCUGUGAGACCACAGCCCCGAGCCCCCUGGCCUGUGUGCUUGGGGGCCCCUCAGUGCCUAGGGUCAUGUCCAGUUCCCCCACCUGGGUUACAGCGUGACAAAUAAACAUGGCUGGAUGGCUGACUU